AUGUGUGGCUGUAUGCACAGUACCCAGGACCAAGUUCUCCACUUGGAAGGGGAGCCCCAUCCUGCAGCCCCAACAUCUACCUUAGCAUCUAGGAAAAUGCCCAAAAGCGUUUCCAUAUCCAAACAACUGGCUUCAAUAAAAGCUCUGAGGAAGGGCUCAGAUCUGGAAAAAGCCAUUGCCACCUUAGCUCUGAUAUUCAGAAAUUCUUCAGACCCUGAUGGUAAACUUGAGAAAAUGACUGCCAAAAAUCUGCUACAAUCCCAAUUUAGGAAUUUCACAGAGGGACAAGAAACCAAACCAAAAUACAAGGAACUUCUUUCUGAACUCGACGAGCACACAGAAAAUAAGCUUGAUUUUGAGGAUUUCAUGAUCUUGAUCUUAAGCAUCACUAUAAUGUCAGAUUUGCUACAAAACAUAUGGGGUGUUAAAAUUAUGAAAUAAACAGCCUAAAAUAUGUAGUUAGACAAAAUAAUAGCAAAAGGAAGUAC